UUUUUGCACCAUUUUUGUUUUCUUUUUUUACUUUCCUUUCUUCAAACAGAAUCCUCCAUCUCUCUCUGAGUCUCUCGUCUCAAAAGAAAAUCAGGCCAAGAAAAACCGCUCUUCGAAACGAUGUCGUUUUCGUCGUCGUUGAAGAAGCCCUCAUUCCUGUCACGGAGAUUCUCAAGAUCAUUAAGAUCAUCGGCCAAAACGACGUCGUUGGCAGCAGUCUUGGCCACGGCGAAUCAAUUGGAGUCUUCUUCUUCAUCGUCGUCACCGCCUUCGACUGAGGAGGGACGGGAAUCGUGGUCGACGAUGCUGCCUGAGUUGUUGGGUGAGAUCAUGGAGCGCGUUGAGGCGAGUGGAGAUCGGUGGCCUCAAAGGCAAAGCGUUGCCGCAUGCGCGUGCGUGUGUAAGAAGUGGAGAGAAGCUACGAGAGAGAUCGUUAGGGCUUCUUCUCAUAAUAGUGGCAAAAUCACUUUUCCUUCUUGUCUUAAACAGCCUGGUCCAAGUGAUAAUCCAAACCAGUGUAUUAUAAGGCGGAGCAAAAAAAACUCAACAUUCUACCUUUAUCUUGCUCUUACUCCAUCAUUCACCGACAAGGGGAAGUUUCUGUUGGCAGCUCGAAGAUAUCGACAUGGUGCUCAUAUUGAGUAUAUUAUAUCCCUUGAUGAAGAUGACCUAUCCCAAGGCAGUAACGCCUAUGUCGGGAAGUUAAGUUCGGAUUUUCUAGGCACCAACUUUAUGAUCUAUGAUAGUCUGCCACCCCACAGUGGUGCAAAGCCAUCGAGCAGCAGAGCCAGUCGCAGAUUUGCAAGUAAGCAAAUCAGCCCCCAAGUUCCAGCUGGCAAUUUUGAGGUUGGAAAAGUGUCUUACAAGUUCAAUCUCUUGAAAUCAAGAGGACCUAGGAGGAUGGUUUGCUCGAUAAAAUGCCCUUCACCUGAAGAAAGGGUUGAUGACAAGAAUUUAUAUGACUCCAGGACGAAAAUGCCAGAGUACGCCACCUCCGGUCAUACAAUUUUGAGGAACAAAGCUCCAAGAUGGCAUGAACAUUUACAGUGCUGGUGCUUGAAUUUUCAUGGUCGGGUAACAGUAGCAUCUGUGAAAAACUUUCAGUUGGUAGCGACUGUGGACCAGAGCCAACCGGGAGGGAAAGGAGACGAGGAAACGGUUCUCCUCCAGUUUGGGAAAGUAGGGGAUGAUACGUUCACCAUGGAUUAUAGACAGCCCUUGUCACCCUUUCUUGCUUUUGCCAUCUGUCUGACAAGCUUUGGUACAAAAUUGGCUUGCGAGUGAUUUAUUUUAAUAUUUAUAUAUUAUAGUAACCAAGUUGUGUUUCAUGUUUAAUAUAAUUAUUUUCUGCUUAAUGUCGCUUGCAAAAGUUUUGAACAGUCUUGGUUUGAAGAGACGAAACAAAUCAUGUACAUGUUCCUAUUGUAUCUAUAAUAUUCUCUGAAAUUAUUGGCUGCGAGCAUA